GACGGGGAUUCCCUGCCCUGAAGAGCAGGGGUGAGACAAUAAGACAGAUCUGUCUCUUUAAAUCCCUUUCUGUGAUAAAACGAACAUCACAGAGUCUCCGUGAAAGGUGGGACUUCUAAUACCAUUCAUAUUAUACACAUAUUGUUUUCAAUGCAAUACCGAGUAGAAGCGAAAAGAGAGCAGAAGUAAGACCUCACAGCCAAUCCGAGUCCUAGAAGUUCGCGGCGCAUCUCCUGUCGGGUUUCUCCACGGUGUUUGAAGACUCGAGCCCUUUAUAUUGUUUACCAAAGAAAUGGUGAUGGAGAAGCCAAGUCCCCUGCUGGUAGGGCGGGAAUUCGUGAGGCAGUAUUACACAUUGUUAAACAAGGCACCCGAUUUCCUGCACAGGUUUUAUGGAAGAAAUUCUUCCUAUGUUCAUGGGGGAUUAGAAGCCAAUGGGAAACCAGCAGAAGCAGUUUAUGGCCAAGCUGAAAUCCAUAAGAAGGUGAUGUCCCUUCUCUUCAGUGAAUGCCACACCAAGAUUCGCCAUGUUGAUGCUCAUGCCACCUUAAAUGAUGGGGUAGUAGUGCAGGUGAUCGGUGAACUCUCUAACAAUGGCCAACCAAUGCGGAAAUUUAUGCAGACUUUUGUACUGGCUCCAGAGGGCUCGGUGGCUAACAAGUUCUAUGUUCACAAUGAUAUCUUUCGUUAUGAAGAUGAGGUUUUUGGAGACUCUGAAGCAGAGCUUGAUGAAGAAUCUGAGGAUGAAGCAGAAGAGCAAGAAGAGGAGAGACCACCUUCGCCUGAGCCUGUGCAGGACAGUCCCAACAGUACACACUUUGAUUCUCACCCUGUCCCCAAUGGUGUAGCAGAGACACUUGAAGAACCUACUCCAGAAAUGGACCCGGAACCUGAACCUGAGCAAAAGAGUGAAGAACUGAAACCUGAAAUUGAGGAGAAAGUUUUAGAGGAGUUGGAAGAGCGAACGCCUUCACCCCCUUUUGAACCUACAUCUAGCACCCAAGAGCCUCCCAAGGCUUUCUCCUGGGCCUCAGUAACCAGUAAAAACCUGCCUCCUAGUGGUUCAGUCCCUUCCUCUGGAAUUCCACCCCAUGUUGUUAAAGCACCAGCCUCACAGCCAAGAGUUGAACCUAAACAGGAAGCCCAGGCACCACCACCCAGGGUCCGUGAUCAGCGUACUAGAGAGAGACCAGGAUAUGUUGCCAGGGGACCCAGGUCUGGUAUGUGGACAGUCGACUAUAAUGGCCGUGGAGACGCUGAGCCAACUGAAAUGGACACCAGACGUAUAGUGCGCUAUCCAGAUAGUCACCAGCUCUUUGUUGGAAACCUGCCUCAUGAUAUUGAUGAAAACGAACUAAAAGAUUUCUUCAUGCGAUUUGGAAAUGUUGUUGAAUUGCGGAUCAAUACCAAAGGAGUUGGGGGCAAAUUACCUAACUUUGGAUUUGUGGUUUUUGAUGACUGUGACCCGGUUCAAAGAAUACUGGCAGCAAAGCCCAUCAUGUUUCGUGGAGAAGUCCGACUAAACGUGGAGGAGAAGAAGACCAGAGCAGUUCGUGAGAGGGAGACACGGGGAGGAGAUGAUCGGAGAGACAUGAGGCGCAAUGAUAGAGGCCCUGGUGGACCCCGAGGUGUCGUUGGAGGUGGGAUGAUGAGAGACCGAGAUGGAAGAUGCCCACCAUCAAGAGGAGGCCUGGUGCAAAAGCUAGGCCCUAGCUCGGGAAGAGGGGCUGGUCAGGGGGAGAGUCGCUUUUCAACACAGCGUCGCUGAGAACACCAGUUACAGUUUGGAAGUAGUUCCAUGUUCUUCAUCUUUACAUUCUUGUUAAUGAAUUCUACAUAUAAAUAUAUAUGAAUACAUUUUUUUGGCUUUGGAAUGUGACACAGCCUGUCAACCAUUUCUUUGAUGUGACAACAAAACAUACGUUUACCAACUUUGAGCUGAACAUCCUAGUCCAGUUUUUCAACAGGUUUCAUGAACAUAAAAAUCUGAAAGAGAAAAUCUGCAAUGUGAAAGAGGGACUGAAAGACUAAACUACAAUAGUGCAGCCCAUCAGCAUUCGGAGAAGAGAAUUAGUUUAAAAACACAAAUUCAUGCCUCAAGUCUAAAGGGUAGGGGUUUUCAUUAAAUCCCUAUGCUGCACAUUUUUUUAGAAAUCAGAUUUGCCCAUUAUUGUUGGAAACAAAUGGUGCAAAGUUGUGCAAUUGGGGGGAAAAAAGCUUGCCUUUAAUUUUUCUUUAAGAACACUUUUGCUAAUCAAAAACUUGCAAUUAUGCACUCAUCAAUAUGCACUAAUGGGUACUCUCGUCAUUUUUACAUGCACUGUGGGGCGAGGCAGGAGGACACCUCGUAGUAGUUUUGUCCUCUGGCUGAUGGGCAGAAUGGUGAAUCCUCAAUCUGCUUUUCACAUCCUUAACCCUUAAGUAACUUUGCCUCAGUACUGCUGGAUUAAAAAAAAAAAAAAUCUUUAUUUUCUUGAAUCUAAAUUAAUAUGGAGCAGCCCUGGACUUCAGAGGGAUAAGGAAAUAAAUGCCAACCUGAACACUAGUGGAGUUUGAUUCACUGUUACAGAAAGUUUUCAGUCUGCUUGUUUGAGUUUUUUUUUCCCCCUCUCUACCGUACCCCUGGCAAAUACAUCAUAAGAAAGACUCCUAAGCGCUCCCCCCACCCCAUCCCCCCCGUCCUUAUACUGAAAGUCAGAGAUUCAAAUUGUACAAGAAACUGUUUUUAUUGGACGGUGUUGGCGUUUUUUCUUUUAACAAUUUGACAAAACAAGCAUGAAGGUGCCUUCUUUUUCCAUCAUUCCUGUCUUGCUGCUUACAGUGCUGAGGGGGUGGCACUAAGUGAGUUGUGUAAACCAAGUGGCUACAAAGGGAUUGUCAGCCAUUGAUGAGCAGAAUUUUUAUUAUAAUAACAAACAGUUGCAGGUUUUCAUUUUUUUUUUCUUCUCUCCCUUCUUCCCCCAGGAGAAAGUUGUUGUAAUACAGCAUUGCUCCCCACCAUCAUCCCUUGCCUUUCCAUUGACAAUAACACAAAAAUCCAUAAAAACAAAAAAAAGUUAUAUAUUUUUUUUAAUCCAUUGAAUGGGUUUCUGUUUAAAAGGGCAGUAUUGCAUUAAUGCGUCUAGCUCAGUUCAAGGUGCCUAAACAUUUUAAAUACAUUGCAUAGUAUUUGCUUUAGUGGUGUUCUCCUCAGCUCCCAUUUAAAUAUCGAUGUGUAACUUAAGUGUCUAGUGUUCAGUGUUAAUGUUCCCAACUUUGAUUCAUAUUGUACAUUUUGUGACCAGGAAAAGAUGCGGUUAUCUCUUUGCACAAGAACUGGUGGCUUCAGAUGGUCAUUUGACCUUCCCAUUUGUUUUGAAACUUGAGUAAGCUUGGUCCUCCAUACUGUGAUGCAAGGAAGGUUCUAGAGUUAAUUUUACUGAUCAGCACUUCAUUGUAACUUGAGACGGUAUGAAAUGUGCAGAUAAUGCCUUGGUUAUACUGAUACUGAGGGGGUGGGAUUCCCCAUUUUUUCCUUGCUAGUACCCUAAUUAUGGGAAAGAGUCAAAUAUUUUGACUUUGCUGUUUCAUGUACUGUGGUUGGGGGGGGGGGGGGGGUUCAAGAAUUUGAAUAAGGUAAUGUUAAAAUACUGUAUUUGGUUAUUUUGUGGUUACCCACCUUUUCUCAUCCUUUCCACGUCCCUGCUUUAUGUAUUUAAAGGCAUUAUGUUGUGUCUUAAGGCAGUGUGUUAUGAGAUGUUUUUCUUGCAACUUUUCUACAGUCUGUGUGGAAGCAUCUUGAAGCUGCUGUUUGAGAUGGAAGACCUCUUUUGGCUGCAGCUUGCAAGGAGCAGAAAUUGCACAAGUAGUUUUACAUGUUUACACAUCUGCAGCUGUUGCUUACUAACUGUUGGUCUUGCGCUAUAUAAAGUUUUACUUGACUGUAGCGCACUUUAUUAAAUGACUCUUGGGGUCUUCCUUGUUUUGAAGGUAGUCCUUGCACUUUUUCCAACAUUUCUGGGACACAAAUUAAAUACUUGCAUUUCCAUAAUAUUAGAGUGUUGGAUUCAUUUUGUGUGAGUUGAUGUCUUAAACUUUCCAGCUGUUUCUGUAACUUGGAAGUAGAUGAACUGUUUGCCUGGCAAGGGGAGUGGCACAGUGAGUUCCCCUCCAUAUCACACUUAGUCUCCUGUUCUGUACCUAUCUGAGUUACUUUUCAUCAUGACAGUUUUUUGGAUCCCAUUUAUCCUUAAGGGGGUUCUGAUUUGCUGUCAUCCUAAACUGGGAGAGAUGGCAGAUUGCACUAGAAUUGAAACUGUGGUACCUUUUUAAUAUUCAGGAGUGUUGUGCUUUUUUGUCUACCAUUAAAAUAUAAAUGCUUCAGAAAUUUGUACUUCUGUACUGUGGAACCCACUUCCACUUUUUUUUUUUUUUUGGUUUAUUUAAAUAUGGUUUUUCCUAUGGUACCUUCCGAAGCACAGUCUUAUAAAUGUGUCCACUGUUACAAGUGCAGUGAAUUGUCAAAACUAACUGUACAGCAAUAUGUAUCAUUCCAGUUCUUUAGCAGGUAUAAUGGCCAAUUAUCUGAAUCUGUUGCUUAAGUUUGUUUUUUUCUUGGUGAUAGACGAAAACUACAGCAUUGCAUUACAGGUAGAGUAUAGUUUCAUUUUUUUCCCAUUUUGAUUGUGUUGAACUUAACAUACAAUAAACUACUGAUGUCUUCA